GCAGCAACAAGUGAUCUUGGAUAUAUACCUGGUAAAAAAGAUGAACAAGAAGCAUUGGAUACAUUACAUGUGAUUCGUUUAUGUAUACUUUUGAAAUGUGGCAAUAUAUGUCCAAAAAUUCCUCGAGGAUUAUUCAAAUUAAUAAACUAA